UUAGAUUCUGACUCAUUGUAACCCUAUAGGACAGAGUAGAACUACCUCAUAGGGUUUCCAAGGAGCAGCUGGUGGAUUCCAACCACUGACCUUUUGGUUAGCAGCUAAGCUCUAACCAUUAUGCAACCAGCCUGGCCAAAGUGAAAUGUUCUCUCAUUGUGGUUUUGAUUUGUAUCUCUUGUUGGCUAAUGAUGUUAAGCACCUUUCCAUGUGUUUAUUGGCCAUUUGAAUGUCUUUUUUGGUGAAAUGUCUAUUCAAGUCCUUUGCCCAUUUUUUGAUUGGGUUAUUUGUCUUUUUGUUGUUAAGUUGUUGAGACUUCAUAUGUAAUUUGGUUUUUAGAUUCUUGUCGGAUAUAUAGCUUCUGAAGAGAUUCUCCCAGUUGGCAGCUUGCAUUUUCACUUUUUCGGUAAAGUGUUUUGAUGAACAGAAGUUUUUAAUUUUUAUGAGGUCCCAUUUAUCUAUUUUAUCUUUUGCUGUUUGUGCUUUUGCUAUUAUAUUAGGUAAUACAUCAUUAAAAACUAGGCCCGACAGUAUUGCCUCUACAUUUUCUUCUAAGAAUGUUAUGGUUUUAGUUUUCAUGUUUAGGUUCUCAAUCCAUUUUGAAUUUGAUUUGUAUAUGGUGUGAGGCAUGGAUCCUGUUUCAUUUUUCUGCAUGUUAAAAUUCAAUUUUCCUAACACCAUUUAUUGAAGAGACUUCUUUCCCCUUUAAAGAGAACUUAGUUAGCACCCUUGUCAAAAAUCAGUUGAUCAUAGAUGUGUGGGUUUAUUUCUGGACUCUCAAUUCUAUUUCAUUGAUUUCUGUGUCUACUGUUACACUAGUACCAGACUGUUUUAAUUGCUGUAGCUGCAUAAUACGUUUUCUGUUGGUCAGGUUUUGAUAUCCUAUCAAAGAAGAAUAUCCACAAUUAUCUGAAAAGGCUGUGAGUAAAAGAUUUUCUGCAUGUUCUUGAAUGAAAACAGUUUAUUGCAACACAUUAAAUGAAGAAAUGGCUAUGAGACAACUUUUUCUUUUAAUUCAGGCAUUAAAGAGCUUUUUAAGAAUGUGAAACUGCUACCUUUUUCACUAAAUUUUUUUAAAAUUAUUUUCAUAGAAAAUUUAUUUACGUUAAUAGGUAGAUGAUAUAUUAUUAUGAAAUGCAUUUUAAAAAUUCUUAGUUUUAAUUUGGAAUACAGUAAACAUUAAUAGAUACAACCCACACGAGCAAACUUCUUUGAGCACCUCAGUAAUCUAUACAUGUGGAAGGGUCCUCUCUUAACAACCAUUUUUAAAUCAGAUAGUCUCCUAAGAGUUGUCCCUCAGAUGAUGUUGAACGUCAGUUUGUGUCUCUUGUUAGGCUAGUCUGCCAUAGGUUAGGUGAUUGAAUUGGCUUUGAAGAAAAGUUUUGGCGUUUCAUUGAAGACUUGAACAUAUUUUUCAUGUAUAAAAUAUAUGACAGAAUUUAAACUGAUGGUUACAUUUUGACUUCAUAUGGCUAAGGAAAGCAUUAUCUGCAGAUCAAAUGAGUGGAUAAUUACAUCUGGAAGAAUAAAGAAAAGAAUUGUGGAAAAUGAUGAAUAAAAAUAAAUACUGAACUGUGAACUACAAAUAAUUGUGGAACAAGCAUUGUCUUAAACUGUUGACAUUGAGUCAGUUCUGACUCAUAGCAACCCUAAGCAUUGUCUUACGAGUGUCUUAAUUAGACAAACAGAUUAGGUUUAGUAAACACCUUAAAUGAAAAGAUUGCAAUAUAUAAGGGGGGGUAUGAUAAAUAGACAAACAGAUUAGGUUUAGUAAACACCUUAAAUGAAAGAGAUUGCAAUAUAUAAGGGGGGUAUGACAGGAGUAUUUUAAUUGCUGAUAAUGCUAUAGAUUUACCCAACCAUAAAGAAAUAGAAAUAAUUGUUUCUGUGAACUAUGUGUUUGAGUAAAUUGUUGGUAGGUACUAUGAAAGUUAAUUGUGGGGAACAUUUAUGAGAACCUUUUUGAAGGUAAUUUAGAGGAGAAGAGACUUCACAGAUUUUUUUUCUUUAUCUGUAUAAAAUUAGUCAGGAUUACCUUGCUUAAGGAGUCCUCAUGGUGCAGUGGUUAAGGACUCAGUGGCUAACUAAAAGCAAUGAACAAUCUGAAAAGGAAAUUAAGAAAAUAAUUCCAUUUUCAACAACAUCUCACAUAAUACAAUACCAAGGAAUUAAUUUAACAUUGAAAACUAUAUAAAAAUAUUGUUGAAAGAAAUUAAAGAUCUAAAUAAAGGAAAAGACACUUCUUGGAUUUGAAGACUUAAUAUUGUUAAGAUCGAAAUACAACCCAAAGUGACCUACAGAUUCAACGUAAUUCCUAUCAAAAUGACAAUAAUCUUAUUGCAAAAGCUGAAAAGCCAAUCCUCAAAUUCAUAUGGAAUCGCAAGGAGCCCCUAAUAGCCAAAGCAAUCUUGAAAAAGAACAACAAAGUAGGACUCACACUUCCUAUUUGAAAAUGUACUAUAAAGUUAUAGUAAACAAAAUAGUCUGGUACUGAUAUACAGAUAGAGAUAUAGACCAAUAGGCUAGAAUUGGGAGUCCAGAAAUAAACCUGUGCAUCUGUGGCCAAUUGAUGUUGAACUAGGGUGCCAAGUCCAUUCAGUAGAGAAAGAAUAGUCUCUUCAACAAAUGAGGCUGGGACCGUUGGAUCUCUCUAUGCACAAGAUUGAAGUUUGACUCAUAUCUCAUACCAUAUAUAAAGAUUAAAUCAAAUGGACUAAGUGUAAAAAACUAAAGCCAUGAAACUCUUAGAAUAGGGGUAAUGCUUCAGGACCUAGUUUUUGACAGUGGAUUCUUACAUAUGACACCAAAAGCAUGAACACUAAAAGAUAAAAUAGAUAAAUUGGACUUCAUCAAAAUUAAAAGCUUCUGUGCAUCAGAGAAAUUUAUCAAGGAAGUGAAGAAACAACCUACAGAAUGGGAGAAAAUAUUUGGGAAGCAUGUAAUAUCCAGAAUAUAUAUUAAGGCACAGCGGUUAAGAGCUAAGGCUGCUAACCAAAAGGCCGGCCGUUCGAAUCCACCACUUACUCUUUGGAAACCCUGUGGGGCAGUUUUACUUUGUCCUAUAGAAUCGCUAUCAGUCAUAAUCAACUUGAUGGCAGCGGGUUUGGGUUUUAUCUGUGGUGACUCAGUGGUAAAAUUCUCAACCUCGAUGUGGGAGACCCCUGUCUGUCAGUGGAGAUUUGCUGAAUAUGAUGCCGAAUAGGUUUCCGUGGAGCUUCCAGACUAAGAUGAACUAAGAAGAAAGGCCGGUGGCAAUCUUCUUCUGAAAAAUCAGCUAAUGAAAACCCCAUGGAUCACAGCGGUCCAUUCUGCAGCCGAUCAUGUGAGUGGUGUAGGACUAGGCAGUAUUUUAUUCCGUUGUGCAUGGAGUCUCCAUGAAUCAGAGGCGGACUCAACAACAGCUGACAGCAAGAACAACAGCAACAACUCAACAACAAAAAGACGAACAACUCAGUUAAAAAAUGGGCAAAGGACUUGACUAGACAUUUCAUCAAAGAACUAUCCAAAUGGGCAAUAAGCAUAUGAAAAGAUGCUCAAAGGCCAUUAGUCAUGGUUGUUAGUGGCCAUUGAGUCAAGUUGCUAGCAUUCCACCCUGACUUACGGAGACCUCAUCCGCAGCAGAAUGAAAUGCUGCCUGGUCUUGUGCCGUCCCGUCCCCAUGAUGAGUUGCAGAUCGGCAGGCUUUUCUUCCUAGUCCGUCUUAGUCGGGAAGCUCCACUGAAACGUAUUCAGCAUCAUAGCAACACACAAGCCUCCGCUGACAGACAGGCAGUAGCUGCACAUGAGGUGCAUUGGCCUGGAAUCAAACCUGCGUCUCCUGCAUGGAGGGCAAGAAUUCUACCCCAGAACCGCCACUACCCCCUUAUAAUGUUUCAUGGCAUCUUCAGAUUUCGUGUGCUUGAAAUUAAAUUUAUCAUCUUCCUUUCCACGAAAAUUCUGUUACUGUCUGUGUUUCCCUUGUUGGUGAACGGUGCUAUCAUCUGCUCAGUUCCAGAAGUCAUAAAUUCAAAAGUCGUUCUUAACUCCUCCUUCCAUCACCCUCUCAUAGUCACUUGAUUACUAAGUUCUGUUGAUUCUGUCUUAAUAUCCUAGAAAUCGUUCCUCUGCUUUCAUCCCUUCUGCUAUGGUUCAGGUUCUUAUUUGAGCCAUUGACUACUGCAUCAGCCUCUUAAUGCCUUUCUGGACUUUAGGCUGACUCUUUGAUCUUGUUAGUAUAUUCAAAUCUUAAUAUUUGUGAGAUACAAAUUUGAAUAGUCACACCCAUGGUUAAAAUUUUUCAAUUGGCCAUCACCUUCAUGAUAAUAGUGGCAUUAAAUAUAGCUAAGUGCAUUACUUAUUGUGGUGCAGUAAAUUACCUAAUAUGGUCCUUCUAGCCAUAGUCUUUGUAAGUCCCACCAAAUGACUGGAUGGGACUAUGCGAAUGAGGUGCUUGUGGCCCACCAAAGGGAUUGUCUAGCUUGCUAAUUCUUGUGGGGGCAGGACCACGCAGAUAGGUAUAUGCAACCCUAAUGAGGGGUUUGGUCAGUUUUUCCAUCCCGCUAGGCUUAAAAUGACCCAUCCCAGAGGUAGGAAGAGAGGAUUUCACCACCACCAGGAAAGACGAGUCAGGAGUGGAGCGCAUCCUUUGGACCCGGGAUCCUUGUGCUGAGAACCUCCCAGAUCCAGUAGACAGACAGAGAGCUGUGACACCAGAGAUGGUGAGAGACGGCCAGAAACAGCCGCAGAGAAAUGGUGGCAGCAGAGGCAGCAGAACGAGGAGAACGGCAGGCAACGGCGAGGUGGGCUUCUGAAGCCACGGAGCGAGAGAGCUAAGUACCUUUGGACAGGAGGCCUACUGGUGGAGUGGGGUGCCUCCGGGCACUUAUUGGCAGAGCUAAAAGAGCUUUGUAACACUUACCUGAGCAGGGCAGAGGCCAAGGGGCCAGAGAAAGGUGUUCCUGCGAACACACUGAGAAGAGGCUGUCCUGAUCCAAGAACUGUAUCCUGAGCAUUCCUGAACCUCAAUUGUAACCUGUUACUUCGCUAAUAAACUCCAUAAUUGUGAGUAUCGUCUGUGAGUUCUUUGUGGCCAUUGCAACAAGUUAUUAAACCCAGCAGAGAAGUAGAGAGUGCCGUGGGAGGGAUGGUUGGUGUCAUAAUUGGUAAAAAGGUUGAAAGGUGGAGGCGUGUCUGACUCCUGCCUAUGUAAGAGCCAGACUUGGGCUGUUGAUUUUGAUUCUCCUUCCCGUAUGUGAAGUUAGAGGAGGUCAGAUGCCCCGCCAUGCCAUUUUUACACUUGUGUUGUCUGAUUUUAUUCUUUGAACAGUGCUUUGCUAUUUUCCCAGUUGCACGGAUGAGGAAAUUGAGAGCUAGAUUUAAACCUAGGACUGUCUGUUUUUAAAGUUUAUGCUUUUAGGCACUUUGUUAUGCUGCUUAUGUAGGACAUUCAAGACCCCUUGUGUUGUGGCUCUUACCCACUUCUCUAGUGUCCACUUGAUGUUUUUUUACUGUAACUUCCUUGAGGGCAGAGAUCAUAAUCCCAUGCCAAGCAAUUGCUUAGUACAUAGUAGGCACUUGGUAAAUGUUUGUUGAGUGUUAAACAGUGAUGAAUAGAAGGGGACAAUGAGACUAGCCCAGUGUAGAAAGACAUGAAAAACACAUCUGAAGAAAAGGAUUCCUCUGGCUGGCCGUAUUCAUAAAAGGUCAGCCUUUGGGAUAAAGCAAAAUAGUGAGAGGUAACAGAAUGAGGGAAAUGAAAUCCUGAAAGGCUAAUUAAAAGAGAGCAACUUUUUAUCUUUGACUUGAAUGAAUUGUGUCCUAGGGUUGUAGAACCUGAAAAUGAAGCCUCUAAAUACCUUUUUAUGUUUUUAGGACUUGUGGAAUUAAAGAGAGAGGUGCCUGAAAACUAGAGACAGAAGUAUAUUUUUCAGAAAGGGGAAGAAGGAAGACUAGAGCUUGAUAUGGCCCUCAGGCUUGUGAUUGGAAUUGAAACAGUACAGCUACUGCUUCCACCAGAGGAAAAUAGUAUGGGAAUUCCUAUUAUGCCAUCACUGGUGCAAGCUAUAUUUAAUGGAGAUCCUGAUGAAGUUCAAGCGCUAAUAUUUAAGAAAGAAGAUGUUAACUUUCAGGACAAUGAAAAGAGAACCCCGUUGCAUGCUGCUGCCUAUCUUGGAGAUGCAGAAAUCAUUGAACUGCUUAUUUUGUCUGGAGCUAGAGUUAAUGCCAAAGACAGCAAAUGGUUGACACCUUUACACAGAGCAGUUGCAUCUUGUAGUGAGGAAGCAGUUCAGGUACUUUUGAAGCAUUCUGCCGAUGUUAAUGCUCGGGACAAAAACUGGCAAACCCCUUUACACAUAGCUGCUGCUAAUAAAGCUGUAAAGUGUGCAGAAGCUUUGGUACCUCUUCUGAGUAAUGUAAACGUGUCUGAUCGAGCAGGGAGAACUGCAUUACAUCAUGCAGCUUUCAGUGGACAUGGUGAGAUGGUCAAAUUACUCUUGUCUAGAGGUGCCAAUAUUAAUGCUUUUGACAAGAAAGAUAGGCGUGCCAUCCAUUGGGCGGCAUAUAUGGGUCACAUUGAAGUAGUGAAAUUACUUGUGGCGCAUGGAGCUGAAGUGACAUGCAAGGAUAAGAAGUCUUACACACCUCUUCAUGCGGCAGCCUCUAGUGGAAUGAUCAGUGUAGUCAAGUACCUUCUAGAUCUUGGAGUCGAUAUGAAUGAACCAAAUGCUUAUGGAAAUACACCUCUUCAUGUAGCCUGCUAUAAUGGACAGGAUGUUGUAGUGAAUGAGCUGAUAGACUGUGGUGCUAAUGUAAAUCAAAAGAAUGAAAAAGGAUUUACUCCUUUGCACUUUGCUGCUGCAUCAACGCAUGGAGCGUUGUGUUUGGAGCUUCUGGUUAGCAAUGGAGCUGAUGUCAAUAUGAAGAGCAAAGAUGGGAAAACCCCACUGCACAUGACUGCCCUCCACGGUAGAUUCUCCAGAUCACAAACCAUUAUCCAGAGUGGAGCUGUAAUCGACUGUGAGGAUAAGAAUGGCAACACCCCUUUGCACAUAGCAGCUCGGUAUGGCCACGAGCUGCUGAUCAACACUCUUAUUACAAGUGGUGCUGACACGGCAAAGCGGGGCAUACAUGGAAUGUUCCCCCUCCAUUUGGCAGCCUUAAGUGGCUUUUCAGAUUGCUGCAGAAAGCUGCUUUCUUCAGGAUUUGAUAUCGAUACCCCAGAUGAUUUUGGCAGAACCUGUCUACAUGCAGCUGCAGCUGGAGGAAAUUUGGAGUGCCUAAACCUUCUGCUGAAUACUGGUGCAGACUUCAACAAAAAGGACAAAUUUGGGAGAUCUCCACUGCACUAUGCUGCUGCCAACUGCAAUUACCAGUGCCUGUUUGCUCUUGUGGGAUCAGGAGCAAGUGUGAAUGACCUUGAUGAAAGAGGCUGCACACCGCUGCACUAUGCAGCUACAUCAGACACAGAUGGCAAGUGCCUGGAAUACUUACUAAGAAAUGAUGCAAAUCCAGGGAUCCGGGACAAGCAAGGAUACAAUGCUGUUCAUUAUUCAGCUGCUUAUGGUCAUCGCCUAUGUCUUCAGCUGAUUGCAAGUGAAACUCCUUUAGAUGUUUUAAUGGAAACUUCGGGGACAGACAUGCUGAAUGAUUCAGACAACAGAGCAACAAUAAGCCCUUUGCACUUGGCUGCCUAUCAUGGUCACCAUCAAGCACUGGAAGUGUUGGUACAGUCUUUGUUAGAUCUCGAUGUGAGAAAUAAUAGUGGAAGAACACCCUUGGAUCUUGCAGCAUUUAAGGGCCAUGUUGAAUGUGUGGAUGUACUUAUUAACCAGGGAGCCUCAAUCUUAGUAAAAGAUUACGUUUUAAAGAGAACACCUAUACAUGCUGCAGCAACAAACGGUCAUUCAGAAUGCUUGCGGCUAUUAAUAGGAAAUGCAGAACCACAGAAUGCAGUAGAUAUUCAAGAUGGAAAUGGACAGACUCCUCUGAUGCUGUCUGUUCUCAAUGGGCACACGGACUGUGUUUACUCACUACUGAACAAAGGAGCAAAUGUAGAUGCCAAAGACAAAUGGGGAAGGACAGCAUUGCAUAGAGGGGCAGUUACAGGUCAUGAAGAAUGUGUAGAUGCAUUACUUCAACAUGGUGCUAAGUGCUUACUUCGGGAUAGCAGAGGCCGGACACCGAUACACUUGUCAGCUGCUUGCGGACACAUUGGUGUUCUUGGAGCCCUUUUGCAGUCAGCAGCGUCUGUGGAUGCCAAUCCAGCCACGGCAGACAAUCAUGGAUACACAGCUCUUCACUGGGCUUGCUACAACGGUCAUGAGACUUGUGUAGAACUUCUUUUAGAACAGGAAGUUUUCCAGAAAGUGGAAGGAAAUGCCUUCAGUCCAUUACAUUGUGCUGUGAUAAAUGACAACGAAGGUGCUGCUGAGAUGUUAAUUGAUACGUUAGGUGCCAGCAAUGUGAACACCACUGAUUCAAAAGGAAGAACUCCUCUCCACGCGGCCGCCUUCACAGACCAUGUAGAGUGUUUGCAGCUGCUGCUCAGCCAUAACGCCCAAGUCAACUCUGUGGACUCCUCUGGGAAAACACCUCUUAUGAUGGCUGCAGAAAAUGGACAAACAAAUACAGUUGAGAUGCUGGUUAGCAGUGCUAGUGCAGAUCUGACUUUACAAGAUAACAGUAAAAACACCGCCCUCCAUUUAGCUUGUAGCAAGGGUCAUGAAACUAGUGCCUUGUUAAUACUGGAGAAGAUAACAGAUAGAAACCUCAUCAAUGCAACCAAUGCAGCCUUGCAAACACCUCUGCAUGUUGCUGCCCGAAACGGGCUAACAAUGGUGGUUCAGGAACUUCUGGGGAAAGGAGCCAGUGUGCUUGCAGUAGAUGAAAAUGGUUAUACCCCAGCAUUGGCCUGUGCCCCCAAUAAGGAUGUGGCUGACUGCUUGGCACUCAUUCUGGCCACCAUGAUGCCUGUCUCAAGCAGUCCUUUAUCAUCCCUGACAUUCAAUUCCAUUAACCGAUACACCAACACCUCAAAAACAGUCAGCUUUGAAGCUUUACCCAUCCUGAGGAAUGAACCUAGCUCCUACUGCAGUUUCAACAACAUUGGCGGGGAGCAGGAGUACUUAUACACGGACGUGGACGAGCUCAAUGACUCCGACUCCGAGACCUACUGAGGCUGAGCCAGAGGUCAAAGGAGGGAGUUCAGACACUAAAGCUUCAACCUGUGCUUUUUCAGGAAAAAAGGCACUUUCUUAUUCACAUUCAGAUUCAGCCUAAGAGGAAAGACCGCACAGUGAAGGAAUGUCAGAGAUGUGAUGACAUUAGAAAGAAGAGUUUUAAAGGCAAGUUUUGCAAAAGGAACUUCUAGAAUCUUGAAAUAGACUUGACCAGAGCAAAACACGGAUAUCAGAUUGCUUUGUGGAGUUGUUUGAUUUGGUUUUGCAGUGCCAGGAAUAAUUUGCGACACUGUGCACCCUAAUCUGCUUACCGAGGCAACACCAUUGUAAAAGAAGAGAUACGGACACUAGAUUUAAAUUUUAUCGGUAAAGUUACAACUAAAUUUAAAGGCAAUAAAAGUUUGGUACAGUAGGCAUUAUGUGCGCAGCGAAUUGCCAAAGGACCAAGUAACUUAGAAGUUUUUUAAUGGAAUAUCAUUUUGUGGAAACUGGAGUAGGUGAAAUUAGACAUUAUCUAAACCAAACACUAUUCUGAAAACAAAGUUGAGAUUUGGUUUUAAAUUUUUUUUUUUUUUUUUUUUUUGAAAA